AUCAAUUGGCAGAACUGAAGGCAAGCUUCGGUUCCCGGCAGUCUCUACUCGUUUUCUGCGAUCUGACUUCCGAGACGAGUGAGGCCUAAUAACUGUAUACGAGUUGUUGAACUCAGAAGGUCGAAAUGGCAGCAUCAGAGGAGAACAGUGCAUUGUUCCCAAUAUUCAUAUUGACAAUAAUGGCCCUUCCCAUUGUGCCUUAUACAAUUACAAAGUUAUGUCGUGCUGCUACUAAGAAAUCAAAAAGUAUCCACUGUCAGUGUUCUGAGUGCUCGCGAUCAGGAAAAUACCGGAGAUCAAUAUUUAAGCGGAUUUCAAAUGUCUCUACAUGUAGUAACCUGACAUUACUACUUCUCUGGGUGGUCAUGAUUGUUCUGGUUUAUUACAUAAAAAAUAUAAGUGGAGAGAUUCAAGUUUUUGAUCCAUUUAGUAUUCUUGAAUUAGAGCCUGGAGCCGCGGAGUCAGAAAUAAAGAAAAAGUAUAGGAGGCUUUCUAUUCAGUAUCACCCUGAUAAAAACCCAGAUCCAGAGGCCCACAAGUACUUUGUAGAGUACAUCGCCAAGGCUUAUCAAGCUUUGACGGAUCCUAUAGCACGUGAAAAUUAUGAAAAAUAUGGCCAUCCUGAUGGCAGACAGGGAUUUCAAAUGGGUAUAGCUCUCCCUCAGUUCCUGCUAAAUAUUGAUGGGGCAUCUGGUGGAAUACUGCUACUUUGGAUUGUUGGUGUUUGCAUUCUCUUGCCUUUGGUUAUUGCUGUUAUAUACCUCUCUAGAUCAUCAAAAUAUACCGGAAACUAUGUAAUGCAUCAGACACUGUCCACUUACUAUUAUCUUAUGAAGCCUUCUUUGGCUCCAAGCAAAGUCAUGGAUGUCUUCAUAAAGGCAGCUGAAUAUAUGGAAAUUCCAGUUCGUAGGACUGAUGAUGAACCGCUUCAGAAGCUUUUUAUGUUGGUAAGAAGUGAGUUGAAUCUCGACCUAAAGAACAUUAAGCAGGAGCAGGCUAAGUUUUGGAAGCAGCAUCCUGCACUGGUUAAGACUGAGCUGUUGAUUCAAGCUCAGUUGACUCGUGAAUUUGCAAUGUUGUCUCCAUCUUUGCAAGGUGAUUUCAGGCGAAUUUUAGAAAUGGCACCUCGUCUUCUUGAAGAGUUAAUGAAGAUGGCAGUUAUACCACGCAAUGCUCAGGGGCAUGGAUGGCUGAGGCCUGCAAUUGGUGUUGUUGAGCUUUCUCAAAGUAUUAUUCAGGCUGUUCCCCUCAGUGCGAGAAAGGCUACUGGUGGAUUCCCUGAAGGCAUGGCACCCUUUCUGCAGUUGCCACAUAUAAGUGAGACUGUUAUUAAGAAGGUAGCCCGCAAGAAGGUGAGAACAUUUCAGGAACUUCGGGACAUGAACUCACAGGAGCGAGCUGACCUGCUUAUUCAGUCAGCUGGGUUAGCUUCUGCUGAAGUGCAGGACAUUGAGGUGGUGUUGGGCAUGAUGCCUUACUUAACUAUUGAGGCAACUUGUGAGACUGAAGGUGAAGAGGGUAUACAAGAGGGUGACAUUGUUACAAUCCAUGCAUGGGUAAAUAUUAAACGGGGUAAUGGUCUGAUUGGUGCUCUCCCGCAUGCCCCUUACUACCCAUUCCACAAGGAGGAAAACUUCUGGUUUUUGCUUGCAGAUUCUGUUUCAAAUAAUGUGUGGUUUUCUCAGAGGGUCAGUUUUAUGGAUGAAGUUGCAGCCAUUACUGGUGCAUCCAAGGCAAUCGAGGAAUCAAUGGAGGGUUCGGGAGCAAAUGUGAAGGAGACUAGUAGGGCGGUUUCAGAAGCUAUUGAGAAGGUGAAGGGAGGGUCUAGAUUGGUAAUGGGCAAGUUCCAGGCCCCAUCAGAGGGUAACUAUGGUUUAACUUGCUAUUGUUUGUGCGACUCUUGGUUAGGAUGUGACAGAAGGACAAAUAUAAAGCUCAAAAUUUUGAAACGAACUCGGGCUGGCACCAGGGGUUUGGCUGUGGCGGAUGAAGGGCCUGCGGUGGAGGAUGGGGUUGAGGAGGAUGAGGAGGACCAGGAUGGAGAAUACGAUGAUGACUAUGAGAGUGAGUAUAGUGAAGAUGAAGAUGAUCAAGACACAAAAAAUAAGCAUGGAACUGCAAAUGGCACUGGCGAUAAACAUGGUCAAAGGGCAUAUAACUCAAACAGUGAUGAAGAAUGAGAACGUCAGGUUUAUGUUGUUGAUGCAACUGUAUGCGGUCUUUUUCCCUCCUGAUUGUUAGAGGAACAAUCAACACAGUAAUAAGCCAUAUAUACUGCCCUCUUCAGUCUGUCCCAGAUUGGAAGUUUUGAUAUUUAGGCUUCUGUGUUAUCCUCAGUCCAACUCAUGUCAUGGUUAAAUUGUCAUUUUAUAAAUACUGAGAAUCAUUAACUUAUUUAUCCUGCGGCAUUAAUUUUGUUA